AUCCCCCUCCUCCGGGCCUCCCGGCGGAGCUCGCCCAUCGCCGCCUUCCUUGCCGUGGAAGACCCCCGCUGCCGCCUCGUCCCGCAGGAGCCCCUCGCCGGCCACAAACAUGGAGCAGAUAUUUUGGCCACAAGUUGCCUUUAUUUAGCGAUUUGCACACCAUGAGAAGGCAGUACUGCAGCGGGCAAGUGUUGAAGACCACAAUACCCACACCCAUCUUGCUGAAGAAUGAAGGCCAAGAUGGCAUGUUACCCAUGUACUACAUGGCAGGACAGGCACUGUCCUCUUGGGACGCUUCUGACAACGGCACCAACAGGCCGUCGUCCGAUUUCUGCCAAUGGAAUGGCAUCGCCUGCAAUGAUCGCCGGCACCCAGGUCGUGUCACGGCCAUACGUUUGCGGGGUUCAGACCUAGGUGGCACCAUCUCCCCACAUUUAGGUAACCUCACUCACCUUCAAGAUCUUGAUCUGUCACAAAACAAUCUGGUAGGUGAGAUUCCAGUCAGCCUGGGCCGUUGCAUAGAGCUUCGCACCAUGAACUUGAGUGUGAAUCAACUGUCUGGUUCAUUGUUCCCCGAUGCUCUUGGUCAUCUAUCGAAGUUAAAGGUAUUCAAUGUUCGCCACAACAAUCUUACGGGUGUUAUUCCCAUUACUCUGUCCAACCUUACAGCCCUCACGAAUCUUAGCGUCGAGAGCAACUACCUGCAGGGUCAAAUACCAAGCUGGCUCUGCAACCUGACAUCGUUGGCGGCCAUAGAUCUUGCGCUUAGCGGAUUAAAUGGCCAAAUUCCUGCAGAACUGGGGAGAUUAACUAAAGUGGCUUUCUUAAUGAUCCAGAGUAACCAGUUGGAGGGUCCUGUUCCUCCAUCCAUCUUCAAUAUGUCAUCCAUGGAACACUUGGAUCUUUCUUUUAACCAGCUUUCGGGCUCCCUGGCACAUGAUAUUGGCUUUCAGCUUCCUAAUCUCAAGUUUUUCGGCACAACGGGGAACCAGUUCGAAGGUUUAAUCCCAGCCUCCUUUUCAAAUGUGUCUGCACUUGAAUAUUUUCUUCUACGUGGAAAUCAAUUCCAUGGUCUGAUUCCAAGGGAUAUUGGCAGUCACGGUAAUCUGAAGUACUUUUCUGUAGGGUACAAUCAGUUGCAAGCCUCACGUAGGGAUUGGGACUUCCUCACAUCCAUAACCAACUGUAGCAAGUUGGAAUUAUUAGACCUUGAACAAAACAACUUUGUAGGUAUUGUGCCGAUUACCAUCGCCAACCUAUCUAAAGAGCUCUCAUGGCUUUCCCUUGCUAGAAACCAAAUAGCUGGAACUAUACCGGCAGGGUUAGGGAUGUUUCAAAGACUUACGAAGUUAAACCUGGAGGAUAACCUCUUCACAGGUCCCUUACCGGUGGAUAUUGGUCGUCUUCCUAGUCUCCAGGAUCUUGACCUGUCCCAUAAUAGAUUUGAAGGACAGAUUCCACAAUCAUUUGGCAAUAUCACAAAAUUGAGCAAGCUUUCUCUAUCCAAUAACUUUCUGGGCGAUACCAUUCCACCAAGCCUUGGUAACCUGAGAACUCUUGUGUCCAUAGAUAUUUCCUGUAACUUCUUGAGCGGUCGAAUCCCACAAGAGAUACUGAGCAUUCCUUCCCUAACCAUACUUCUCAACCUCUCCACAAAUGCUCUGAGUGGCUCCAUCCCAGCACAGAUUGGACACUUGAACAACCUCGUGUCAAUCGACCUCAAUGAAUAAGCUGACUGGUGCAAUCCCAGACGCUGUUGGAAGCUGUGUCCAAUUACGAUUGCUACACUUCCAAGGAAAUCUGCUACAAGGAAAAAUUCCAAACGGUCU